AUGAGCAAGCUACCCAGUACAGAAGAGCUACAAGCUACCCUAAAGGAUCGCGAUCAUCAAAUUCGCGAACAAUGGAUCAAAGUAUAUGAAGCACGUUUAGUUCGUGAAGAGCUCACAAAGUGUCAUCGGGCAGAAGGUGUGAAUCAUUAUGAAGCUUGUCAUGAUUUGGUACAACAUUAUCUAGAGUUGCUAAAAGAUGCAAAGGUAAAAGGAUGGAGACAGAUCGAUCGCGAAUAA